AGUAUAAGAAACUCGAAACUAAAAUAGCUUUUGUUCAGCGAUUCAGUGAAAAGAAAAAACUGAGAAGAGAAGAGAAAUGGCGACACUUGAUUCCGACGUUCCAAUGGUUCCCGCCGGCGAAACUUCCUGCUGCGCUCACGGCGGUCCUUCUUCCAAGAAGCCGAAGCGCUUCGAGAUCAAGAAAUGGAAUGCUGUUUCUCUCUGGGCUUGGGAUAUUGUUGUUGAUAAUUGUGCUAUCUGUAGGAAUCAUAUCAUGGAUCUCUGUAUUGAGUGUCAGGCGAAUCAGGCUAGCGCCACGAGCGAGGAAUGCACAGUUGCUUGGGGGGUUUGUAACCAUGCUUUUCACUUCCAUUGCAUAAGCAGGUGGCUGAAAACCCGUCAAGUUUGUCCUCUAGACAACAGUGAGUGGGAAUUUCAGAAAUACGGCCACUAGAACGUUGAUGCUGCCGAGCUACUGCCUACUUGGACAUUUGGACUUGCUAUUUUUCUAUUGGAACAUUUAUAUCUCUAUCUACACUGUCCUUUGUCUACUUGAGUUUAAUCAGUAUUUUGAAAAGGUCGCUUAUUAAAUGCAUUGUAACACAGAUACAUCAUCCAUUUGGAAAUGCGAUCGUACUCUUUGAACUUACACAAAUAUGCUGAUUUCACGAUUUGGGUUGGCUCAUUUGAUUCCUUCGUUUGAGAGGAAAUGAGCUGUCUUUGAUUGGAAUAUACAAUGUUAUAUGUACAAAAAGAAUAUAAAAUUGCUUGAAUUCUAGAUGUUGGUUCCUUUUAA